CGGUGACAGUUGGGGAUGGCGGCGUCCGAGGGGGCGGCCGGCGGCGGCGGCGGCGGCGGCGGAGGAGGAGGAGGAGGAGGGGGGGGCCCCGGGGAGCCCGUGGUGUCCCUGGUGGACGUGCUGGAGGAGGACGAGGAGCUGGAGAACGAGGCCUGCGCCGUGCUGGGCGGCAGCGACUCCGAGAAGUGCUCCUACUCGCAGGGCUCUGUAAAGAGACAAGCACUCUAUGCCUGCAGUACUUGCACCCCUGAUGGAGAAGAACCAGCAGGAAUUUGUUUAGCCUGCAGUUAUGAGUGUCACGGAAGUCAUAAGCUAUUUGAGCUGUAUACGAAAAGAAACUUCCGCUGCGAUUGUGGAAACAGCAAGUUCAAAAAUUUGGAAUGCAAAUUACUUCCUGAGAAGGGACUAUUGAAUUCGGGCAAUAAAUAUAACGACAAUUUUUUUGGCUUGUACUGCACCUGCAAGAGGCCUUACCCUGAUCCUGAAGAUGAGAUCCCAGACGAGAUGAUCCAGUGCAUAGUUUGUGAAGACUGGUUCCAUGGAAGGCACCUCGGUGCGGUUCCCCCUGAGAGUGGAGAUUUCCAAGAGAUGGUGUGCCAGGCUUGUAUGGAUCGCUGCUCUUUCCUGUGGGCUUAUGCGGCCCAGUUAGCAGUACCUACAGUAACCCGAAUGGGGCCCGCCAACGACGACGACGGGGUUCUCCUCAAUGUCGAGGGAACGGACGACCGCAAAGUCAACGAAACUGAAAGCGGAGAAGAUCCCGAAAGCGUCUCUAAAGCGAGCGGCCUAGAAAAGGGAAAAGAGCCACAGGAAAAGAACGCCGUCAAGGAGGAGGAAAAAGCAGAGCCGUGCAGCGAGCCGUCUACUAGCUCUGGCUCGAAACCUCACCCGCAGGUGGCCCCCGAGAGAGAAGAGCAGAAGUCGGGGUCCCGUUCCGCCUGUAAGCUGCAGGAGCUGAGAGCCCAGUCGUACGGAAAGCGAGGCACUGCCACUUAUUGGCCCCUCAACUGGCGGAGCAAGUUAUGCACUUGCCAAGACUGCAUGAAAAUGUAUGCGGAUCUGGAGGUCCAGUUCCUGACAGAUGAGUGUGACACAGUCCUGGCUUAUGAAAAUAAAGGCAAGAGCGACCAGGGAACCGAGAGGAGGGACCCUUUAAUGGAUACUCUUAACAGCAUGAACCGAGUCCAGCAAGUGGAACUUAUUUGUGAAUACAAUGACUUAAAGUCAGAACUUAAAGACUAUCUCAGGAGAUUUGCUGAUGAAGGAACGGUGGUUAAAAGGGAGGACAUUCAGCAGUUCUUUGAAGAAUUUCAGUCAAGAAAGAGGAGGCGGCUGGAUGGGAUGCAGUAUUACUGCAGCUAGGGUGGGGUCUGAGGGAGCGUUUCUCCCCCCGGGGGUCAAGUGGGAAAGCCCCCCAUUCCCCAGUCGGGUCCCUUUGCCAGAAUGGCACUCUCGAAGAAGUCUCAUCCAACUUACCCCUUUUUACUCUCGUUCUUCACGACUCUGAUAACUUGAACGUCUCUCCUAUCUCGACCGUUCGGCGUGGCUUAGUUAAACAGAACUCCUGCUAUUCCAAUCCCUCCCACCCGGCGCCGGUCCUUGUUCGACUCGGGUCCGAGACUGGAGCGUGGUUCCUCUUCGACGGCCCGUUUUUUGGGGCGGUCCCCCUCGGUCGUCGCGCUCAAGGGCGUGAACUCCAGGGCGGUUGUCGGGGCGUUAUCUCUUGCAUCAGCUGAAAUGCGUUGCGGUGGCCUUAACUCAGAGUAUCCGUGUGGGCAGGGUGCCCCGGUUUCAAGCGCCUUGUAUCCCGUCGAUGCCUGGUCCCACUCCUCCCAGUUUGACACACCUCAGAGGACACCUGAGUCGACCUGCGGACACCUGAACCAGCCCAGACCAGGUGUUUGUGCGGUUUUCAUCUCGGCUUAUGGCAAGAGGGCCAGCUGUGAAAGCAGUUGGUCUCAAGAAGCCUCAAGUAGUAGGGCAUUUGAUUGAUGCAUUUUAAAACGAUACUUUCAGUUUUACCUGUACUGCCUUGGGCAUUUUAAAGAUUUAAUAGUGUCAAUAUAGUCCUUCCCGAAGACGGGUUGCCGACGGGAUUCCCCCCUUCUCUGCCGCCUCUUAGUAAGAGCCCUCUUCUACCCCCGAGAAGGCUUGGGGGCUGUUUACAAAAAGUUUUUUGGAUUUUGAAUACUAUCAGGGAUAUACCUGGGUCUAGGUUUAAAGUUGACCACCUUUGCUAUUCUUCUUUGGACGCUACUGUCGGGCCCCGGGAAUGCGGCCUUUUAGGUGAGUCGUCCCCUCUGGUACCAACACUGAAGCAAAAAAUACACCCGAUUACCGUCCCUUGGGGGUGGGGGUUGAGAACAGAAGAGAGUGGUGCCUCUGGCAGAGGAUGACGGUUCAAAAUUACUCUUGCCUGGAGAGUUUCGUGUUAAUGAAUAUAGUUCUGCACCCGACUUCCCCCAAACGAAACGUCAGUUUGGGCCGGCCCGUCCCCGGAGCUGACGUUUUGACGUUCCUCUGUCUGCACGAGACCUAAACUUGUCGAAUGUGUGACGUGAAGCGCAAAGGGAAGUUUGUCCCUCUGAUAGGAGACUUAAGACUCUCAAGCCAUUUGGGAAACCUCUGGGGAGACCAAUGCAACACCGUAGAAAAGGAUGAUCUUUGUGUGCUCGAGGUGAAAGGAACCGUUAGUCACGGUCUUCUCAAUCACCCCUGUGCACAUGGAUUGAACCGUUCUCUUGCAGUGUCAGAGUUGAACCUGAAAGGAACUCUUUCUAUGUAAAAACCACACAAGGUCAUCGGGAUGUAUUUGGACUUUUAUGUGCACAUUUUGUGCAAGUUCACAGCUGAUGCCUGAGGGAGGCUUCAUAUUGAUGUGGCAUAUAAAAAUAAGAAAUUUUUCAAAAAGCUUCACGGGAUCCAUUGCUCCACUAAUGUAGAAAUUCUCCAGCACCUAGGGUUGGCCAAAGGCGUAACUGCUAUCUGCCCCCAGAUAUUUGGAAGGAUAGGCACUCUUAGUAAAAGACAUUGUAGUACAUACCAAAUGCAAGAACCCUUAACCCUCUGUGGGCGCGUGUUGAAGAGGACGCAUACAGGUAUCUCCUCGGUCCAUGUAAAUAAGAGUCUUCUCCGUGGUAAACUGGGCCCUGCCGUGGGACACGUGAAUUUGUUUAAGCUAGUAAGGCGUUCGGGUAAAUUAGCCCUUGUCCGUUCGUUGGUCCUGACUGAAGGGAGAGCAGGUUAAGAAUAAGCUUCUUCUGUUGUUUUUCUGUUACAAGUUCCUUGGGAGUGUAUAAUUCAGGGAGCUUGGAGGGUAUCUUCUUCAGGUCGGGGUUUAUAUCGAGCACUUAAUACAGUGCUCUGCACCUAGUAAGCACUCAGUGAAUACCAUUGAUUGAUUGGUAGCAGGGUAGUGCAGGGGGAAGUAGAUGUGGAUGGCUGAUGAGGCUGGAUGGGACCCAGGCGGGCUGGUAAAAAUUUGCCUCUUACCUGCAAGGACGUACCAUUAAGCUACUGUUUAGUACAGCUAUUUACUAAACGUUUGGCUGGGGCCUGUGCCUUACUACCAGGAGCAAUUUACAUGGCAGGUAGGAAGCAGACCUAUCUACGUAACUGUGUGUCAGGCUUCGAACAAAUCGCCACUAGUGUCGAGGGCUUGUUUUAUGAAAGGUACUGCUCCUGCUUCGGCAUUAACCAAAAAACCUCUUAACUAUUGUUGGUUACUACUUUUCCUACUGAUUUUAUUGGACCAUCUCUUCUGCAGAGACUAAUUUUGGCCAGCAUUCAGAUGAUGCUCUCAGCGCAUGUUGGAAGACAAGAUGAACACAUGCUAGUUGCAUUUAAAAAAAAAUUAAAUUCUGGUAUCGUAUGUGCAUUUUUGUAGAAAUUGUUACUGGAACUGUAAUUACCUAACUCCAAUUGAGAUUAUGUGAAAAUUUAAAUAAAAUGGCUUCGGACAAA